AUGGCGGGCCGCCGUGGGGCGCUGAUUGUGCUGGAGGGCGUGGACCGCGCGGGCAAGAGCACGCAGGCCCGCAAGCUGGUGGCCGCGUUGUGUGCCGCCGGUCAUCGCGCGGAGCUGCUCCGCUUCCCGGAAAGGUCAACAGAAAUUGGCAAACUUCUGAGUUCCUACUUGGAGAAAAAAAGUGAAGUGGAGGAUCACUCUGUGCACCUGCUGUUCUCUGCCAACCGCUGGGAGCAAGUGCCUUUAAUGAGAAACAAGUUGCAGCAGGGUAUCACCCUUGUUGUGGACCGGUAUGCCUUUUCUGGGGUCGCCUUUACUGCAGCUAAAGAGAACUUCUCCCUGGAGUGGUGCAAGCAGCCGGACGUGGGCCUCCCCAGACCGGACCUGGUCCUGUUCCUGCAGCUGCAGCUGGUGGACGCCAUGCGGCGCGGUGGGUUUGGCCAGGAGCGCUAUGAGGAUAAGGCCUUCCAGGAGAGUGCCCUGCGCUGCUUCCAGCAGCUCAUGCAGGAACCGAGCCUGGACUGGAAGACCGUGGAUGCCUCCAGGAGCAUUGAGGAUGUCCACGAGGAGAUCUGCGCCCUGUCUGAGGCCACCAUUCAGGAUGCUGCACACAGACCAUUGGGCCGCCUAUGGAUGUAG